UCUAAAGGCCUAAAACCGAGACAGCAUCCACUGCGGAAAAUCACGCGAAUCAUCUGUCGCCUCGCGAGGCGUUAGAAAUAUCGCGAGAUUUCCCUCGCGUCUCCGUCCCUUCUUCCUCUCUUCCCCAGCCCGCUCUGCUCUUCCCCUCCCCCUCCCCGUCGACCGACACCCUCCUCCUCUCUGCCCCCGGGUCGAGUCGUCGCCGUUGCCGCCGCUAAGGAAAAAAGCCGGUGCUGCUGCCGCUGUCAUUGUCUGGCCUCGUUGCCCCAUCUUUUGCUGCCGCCGCCGUCUCGGCUCCGGCCCCGGCUCCGGCCCCGGCCCUAUAAAAGAUGUCUGAAGAUCUAGCAAAGCAGCUGGCUAGCUACAAGGCUCAGCUUCAACAAGUUGAAGCAGCAUUAUCUGGGAAUGGAGAAAAUGAAGACUUGCUAAAAUUGAAAAAAGAUUUGCAAGAAGUUAUAGAACUAACCAAAGAUCUUCUUUCAACCCAACCUUCGGAAACCCUUGCGAGUUCAGACAGUUUUGCUUCUGCUCAGCCUACUCACUCCUGGAAAGUAGGAGACAAAUGUAUGGCAGUCUGGAGUGAAGAUGGACAGUGUUAUGAAGCAGAGAUUGAGGAGAUAGAUGAAGAAAAUGGGACUGCUGCCAUCACAUUUGCUGGUUAUGGUAAUGCUGAAGUCACACCUCUACUAAAUUUGAAGCCAGUGGAAGAAGGAAGGAAGGCAAAAGAAGACAGUGGAAAUAAGCCCAUGUCAAAAAAAGAAAUGAUUGCCCAGCAACGAGAAUAUAAAAAGAAGAAGGCAUUGAAAAAAGCUCAAAGAAUAAAAGAACUUGAACAGGAAAGAGAGGAUCAGAAGGUGAAAUGGCAACAGUUCAACAAUAGAGCCUAUUCUAAAAAUAAAAAAGGCCAGGUAAAAAGGAGUAUUUUUGCCUCACCUGAGAGUGUAACUGGCAAAGUUGGAGUAGGAACUUGUGGAAUUGCCGAUAAACCCAUGACACAGUAUCAGGAUACCUCUAAAUACAAUGUCAGGCACUUGAUGCCUCAGUAAUCAGAAACUGGUGGAUUUCAUCUCUGCAGGGCUUUACAUUUACCUUUUUAUCCUUAUAUUUUUCUAAAGGUAAAUUAUUUGUUAGAUAGUAAGGAAGAGACCAUUGUCAUCAUUAUCCGACUUCAAACAAUAGACUGAGACUUGAAGAAAUUGCAUUUGAUAACUGCUUUUCAGUUGACUUUCUUCAUUACUACCAUUUCCCCCAGAAUAUAUCCUGUAAUGCAACUUUUGUAGACAGACGCUGCCUAAAUUCAGCACUUAGAUGAAGUGUUUACCUUCCAGAUAUCAGACUUUGCCACAUACCUAAGAAUUGUAACCUUUCCAAGUUAUAACUUGCAACUUUCAAAUGCUUUGAAUUUGCCAUCGUAUUCCAUCAGCCUUUGGAGCUUCAUGGUAAAUCACCAUCUUGCCAAGCAGAUUUGUUCUUUCCAACUUGUUCUAAUUUCAGUUUAUACCCUAAUUGUUAUCAUCAAAUUAUGCCUAGAUACAGAUCCAUUUGUGGAUGGCAAAGUUUGUUGUGAAAUUUCCCCUCCCUUUCCCUACCCCCAAUACCUUCUUGAGUCUCUAGCCUUUUCUGGAAUGACUUCAGUCCUCUUACACUUUUCAUUGAGACUUUAUUUUGUGUGAGAAACCAUGUUGAAGACCAGCUACCUUUUAUAAGUUUUGUACCUGUUUGCUUUUCUCCUCCGUUGACUUUCACUUCUGGUAGUGGUGCCACCUUUGGAUGUGUAAUGUUUAUAUGAGAAAAAAAAAAGCUAAUGUAUAGCCCUGUAUACAAUGUAGAUAUUAUUUUUGUAAAGACUAAGGCUGAAUUAAUGAACAAGAGUACUCUGAAUGUUUCACCAUUAAAUUCUACUGUAUAUCUUGUGCAUUAAUCUGACCAUAAUUUCCUUGUAUAUUAUGUUCAUGUAGCUGAGUUUGUAAUUUUUGUUAACUAGAUCAGGUUGUCAGCAUUCAUUGAUGCAAGUGACCAUCACAAUUACCUGAGUUGCAUUCAGUUCAAGCUAAUAUAUGCAACUGAUAGUUUAGAAUGACAUGCAUAGAAAAAAGGUACUUCCUAUUAAUGGAAGAUGGUGAUUUUUAUGACAAAUGUGUUAAUUUCAGUUUUGUAUGUUUAACUUUUAUUAAAUAAAGUGUUUUUAAAAUCUCUA